GAGAAAAAGCAGAGAAGUGACAGAAGGAGAGAGGAAAUGGAGGGAGUGGAAAGAAAGGGGCGGAGGUUGUUGCUUAUCCCUUUGCCACUCCAAGGUCACAUAAACCCCAUGCUCCACCUCGCUCAGAUCCUCUACUCCAACGCUUUCUCCAUCACCAUCCUUCACACAACCUUCAACUCCCCAGACCCUUCUAACUACCCUCACUUCAACUUCUCUUGCAUCCAAGAACCUUCCUCCCUCUGCCUCUCCCAAUCCUCUGCUUCCCAUCUCUUGAAUUUCCUCCUCGCUCUCAACGCUCAAUGCGUCACGCCAUUCCAGGAGUGCGUCACAAAGUUACUGUCGGAGGAACCUCAACCUGUGGCCUGCUUGAUCUCCGAUGCUUUGUGUUACUUCACACAAGGCGUCGCCGACAAGCUUCGCCUCCCCAGGAUUGUGCUGAGAACGGGUGGAGUUUCUUCCUUCGUUGCUUUCGCCGCGUUUCCCUUUCUCAGACUAAAAGGUUACAUUCCCAUACAAGAUUGCAAAUUGGAGGAGGCAGUGACAGAGGUACCACCACUGAGAGUGAAAGACUUACCUACGGUGAAGACAGAGGAGCCAGAGAAAUACUAUGAAUUAUUACACAGAUUUGUCAACGAGACCAAGAAUUCCUUGGGAGUGAUUUGGAACUCCUUUCAGGAGUUGGAAUCAUCUGCACUAACAAAACUGAGCCAAGAGUUUUCCUUUUCCAUGCCAAUGUUCCCAAUAGGUCCCUUUCACAAGUACUUUCCUACUUCUUCUUCUUCUUCUUGUAGCAGCUUAAUAUCACAAGACCAAAGUUGCAUCUCUUGGUUAGACAAACACUCACCCAACUCUGUGCUCUACGUGAGUUUUGGGAGUGUUGCUGCAAUAACUGAGACAGAUUUCUUAGAGAUAGCUUGGGGUUUAGCCAACAGCAACCACCCUUUUUUGUGGGUGGUUCGACCGGGCCUGAUCAUGGGCUCAAAAUGGCUCGAACCCCUACCAAGUGGGCUCAUGGAGAAUUUGGAAGGCCGGGGCCUCAUAGUGAAAUGGGCCCCCCAACUAGAAGUCUUGGCCCACUCAGCAGUUGGUGCAUUUUGGACUCAUAAUGGUUGGAAUUCAACCUUGGAGAGUAUUUGUGAAGGGGUUCCUAUGAUAUGCAUGCCAUGUUUCACGGACCAAAAAGUGAAUGCAAGGUAUGUGAGUCAUGUUUGGAGGAUUGGGUUGCAACUAGAAAAUGGUGUGGAGAGAGGGGAAAUAGAAAGGGCCAUUAGAAGGUUGAUGGAUGUGAAUGCUGAAGGGAAGGAGAUUAGAGAUAGGGCCUUGAAAUUGAAGGAAGAGGUAAAGCUUUGCUUGAAAACAGGUGGUUCCUCUUGCUCUUCUUUGGAAGCCUUGGUUACUUACAUUCUGUCAUUAGAGUCAUCUACUUUUCAAGCCUCUUGAUUAAGUUCAUGCUAAACUGUUUGAAGUGCAUUGAUAGGAUCUUUCAUUGUUUAUUUAAAAACAUAUGGAACAUGCUACAAAAUAAUUUUCUUUGGCUGAU